AUGACGAAACAUAGCAAAAACAACACUGCGUCCUCAAUUUUCUCCUACGCGGAAUAUAAGAAGUUGGACUAUGGAACGAAGAAGCAACGUCUUGGAAAUGAAUCCAUGCGCCGCUUUGACGCCUGUGCGCUCUGUUUGAACAGAGCUCGAGAACCUUUAGCAUGUAAUGAAGGUCAUCUAUUCUGCAAGGAGUGCGUUUAUACAGAUUUGUUGACGCAGAAAAAAGAUAUCAAACGGCAGAAAGAGAAAUUAGAAACGAUGAGGAGAGAGAUAGAGGAAGAGAAGGCGAAGGCGAAGCUUGCUGCGAGGGAGAGGGUCCUCAAAGAGUUUGAGAAGGGUCAACUGGGCUUAGGCAGUCAUAAUGCUUCGGCGAUUAGUUCUGGAACUUCUAUAAGUUCAGAUAAGGAUGAAGAUGGGGCAAAUUCGUCCAAUCCCCUCAAACGUAAAUUCAACUUCUCUUCCUCGACCGUGGAAUCUUUAGCUCUCGAAGCCGAGGAGGCUGCUCUACGUCAAAUCGAAGUGGAGCAGCGAGAGGCAUUGAAGGCGAAGUUGCCAGACUUCUGGUUGCCUUCGUUGACGCCCACGUAUACAGGAAAGGGCGACGCGGAAAGUGUGAAGAGUCUGGAGGAUGUCAAAUUGCAAACAACAUGCAGAGGAGGAAAUCCAAAGCAUGCGCUGACCAUGAAAUCACUUAUACCUGUCAAGUUCACAUUUGAGACCUCCAGCAAGCCCAAUUCUAAAGAUUCGGACCAACAAGCGAUAUGCCCCUCAUGUAAAAAGGUGCUGUCAAAUAAUACCUUGAUCUUUUUAUCCAAACCAUGUGCACAUGUAACCUGUAAGACAUGUACGGACACCCUUGUUAAGCCCGCGAAGCAGUGUGUCGUUUGUGACACCACUUUGAAAGUUCCUGAUGAUAGCAAAGGAGGCAAGGAGGGAAAGAGUGAUAUCAUUGAGCUAAGAAGGGAGGGUACCGGGUUUGCAGGCGGUGGACUGGCCGAAACAUCGAAAGCUGGAAUUGCGUUCCAGGGUUGA